AUACGGUCACACUCUACCGACGCUGACAUUAGAAGAAACACUUAGUAAAUUAAUUAAUUAACCGUCUAACAAAUGCAGCCAUCACACCCAACACACAUGUAUAAUGCCGAAAAAGACUGAACCUCACACCGUGCAAGUGCAAGUGCAAUAACCGCUGGGCUCGGCGAUCAAAGAACGCAAUAUAGAAGAGUAGAAAAUACACACGAAAAAACCCCAGCGCUCGCUGUUGUGUGUAAAUGCAAAUGAUAUAUUUUCGUGCAACAACAAGCACAACAACAACACAGCAGCAGCAGCAGCAGUGGCGGCGGCAGCGCAGCAAAAAAGGAACAACAAAAAUAACAACAAAAGCUGAGCACGGCAAACGAAUAUGAAUGUGUGCGCGUUAAAGAAAAAUUAGAUAAAAAGCCAAAUGAAAUUAGCUCACGCCUGAAUUUCGAGUUUGGCGCAAGGUAAACGAAAAGGCGAAAAGCAAUCAAAACAGUUUCCAUUAUCGCAGUGUGCGUGUGCAGUUUUUCCCCUCGGUCUGCGUCGCUUCGCGUCCCGUCCCCGCCCCGCAAGGAGGAAAACCACCUGCAUUGAUUUACACUGUAAAAUACGGAUAAAAAACGGAACUUGCACUGCGAGGAUAUAUACACCUAUAUAUAUACGCACACACACCGACGCAAGCACAGGCAAAGGCACCACUACCAGCACCCGAUUUCUCGGAGGCAGCAGCCUGCCAUAUAAACGCACAAGGAACGCCUAGGCCAAAGCUGAACCUGGCGGGGAUUGGAGGUACCGAGGAGAAUUGUAGACACAUUCGUGCCGCCGCAAGAACCCUUCCGAUGUCCAAUAAAAUCAACCCGAAGCGCCGCGAACCGACAGCAGCAGCAGGAGCAGCCACGGGAGUGGCCACCAAUACGAACAGUUCGACUGGAUCCUCCAGUGCCGGCAACACGUCUUCGGCCAACACAUCCUCAUCGUCCAGCUCGUCGCUGUCGUCCGCCGGCGGCGGUGAUGCGGGCAUGUCCGCCGAUCUGACCUCACUGUUCGAAUGCCCCGUGUGCUUUGACUAUGUACUGCCUCCGAUCCUGCAGUGCUCCAGCGGGCAUCUGGUGUGCGUUUCCUGCCGCUCCAAGCUCACCUGCUGCCCCACAUGCCGCGGUCCCCUGGCGAAUAUCCGCAAUUUGGCGAUGGAGAAGGUGGCCUCGAACGUGAAGUUCCCGUGCAAGCACUCCGGCUACGGGUGCACAGCCUCGCUGGUCUACACGGAGAAGACGGAGCACGAGGAGACGUGCGAAUGCAGGCCCUACCUGUGUCCCUGUCCGGGCGCCAGCUGCAAGUGGCAGGGCCCACUGGACCUAGUCAUGCAGCAUCUGAUGAUGUCGCACAAGAGCAUCACGACGCUGCAGGGCGAGGACAUUGUGUUCCUGGCCACCGACAUCAACCUGCCCGGCGCCGUCGACUGGGUGAUGAUGCAGUCCUGCUUCGGCCACCACUUUAUGCUCGUUCUGGAGAAGCAGGAAAAGUACGACGGCCACCAGCAGUUCUUUGCCAUCGUCCAGCUAAUUGGGUCGCGCAAGGAGGCCGAGAACUUUGUGUACCGCCUGGAGCUGAACGGAAACCGACGCCGGCUCACCUGGGAGGCCAUGCCGCGUUCCAUCCACGAGGGCGUAGCCUCGGCGAUUCACAACUCGGACUGUCUGGUGUUCGACACGUCGAUUGCGCAGCUGUUUGCCGACAAUGGCAAUCUGGGCAUCAAUGUGACCAUCUCCCUGGUCUAAGCGCACUGUCAAUUCUUCGAGUUCUUCAUUAUUUUUCGGUUUACUUUUCCGCUACAUAUACAUAUAUAUAUAUAUAUACAUAUAGUUUAUAGCCCUCUGUUCGCAUCAGGCGUUUGACUCUUUGAAAGAAUGUGAGAAGGGACAAGGGAGGAGAGAAGACGGCAGAAGAGAAGGAGAGAGUUGUGCAGAGUUGUUUUAUAAAAAUGAUUCUCCAUUUAAAUAGCCACAUACAACAUGCAUAUGUAUAUAUAUCUAUGAAAAUAUCAGGCCUGUUCCGUUUUCUCUUCGUUCGAAGUUGCAACUCAAGCUAACUUUGCUCACAGGUGAACUAAAACCGAACAUAAAUCUGUGCUAAUUGUAUGAAUUUGAUCUAAAUCUUAAGAUUUGCUAUUCUAUCAACAUUUUUCUGAGUUUAAAGCACAACAAUUGGCGAACUUUUGAGUACACGAACAGGUCCUGUAUAUGUUUUGUAUGUCUAAACGGUUCGAUUGGUACUCUAGUUGUAGGACUUGAUUUUUUUUAGCUACCAUAUACACCCUCUAUAUAUAUUUCAAUGUUUCAGUGUGUUUAACGUUUUAGUAAGCGUCGUGGGGUUCAUUCUGCUUUAGUUUAAUUUAGUUUUUAAGGGCCACACACACCUGGAGCAGAGCUGCCUGCGCGUGCCCACCCACUACAGUGAACACUCUGGACACACACACACACACUCCACUCCACUCCAACCAGAAACGAGAAACAAGAAACACUCGAUCAUCACACUCGAACAUGUCUAGUUUAGUUAAUGUAAAUUAUUUUAUACAAUACUUGUAAAUGUUAAGUGAACGAACACAACACAACAAACAAUAACAAGAACCACAGCAGCAGCAAUGGCGAAACCAUCAAAGAUAAAGUAAUAUUUGAUAGCGAUAAUCUGUAAUAACUCAAAAGUUGUUUUGUUCGGCCAAAAACCAUCUUCACAAAAACGAAAAAAACAAAAAUACACACACAAAGAAGGAAAAAAAAUAUUUUUUUGUCAGGCUAAAAAGACAGUUAACCCUUGCCCCCUUCCCCCAUUUAAACCCAAUCCCCGGAAUAGUAAACGAAGCAAUGUUAAUGUUUAAAUGUCCAACCUAGUUUAGGCGAUCUCCCCCGGCCCGGCUCAUGCCUUUGAUUUUAUUUCCCACUCGUUCGUUCGAAGUAAACGGAAGACAAAUGAUUUACAGCAUCAUCUGCACCGUAAUUAGCUUUUAAUGCGACGAUUUAUCGCGCCACUACCAUACGAGAUCACUUACACAGACACAAAACUACAAAAGUGAAAUAAACGUGAUUAGUAAAAGUAAA